AUGGGCUCCAUCUCGGAAUCCCACAUCCCCGUCAUCUACGAGCACGAUGACAAGGCCACAACCAUCCUCCCCCUCCUAGCCGCACACCUCCCGCUCUCAACCUCCCUCCUCCGCCGCAUCCAACACGGCAUCGCAAACCCAACCCCCACCGCCAAGAUCCUAACCCCAUGGCUAGCUGCGCGAGUGGAUCUCUACCGCGGCCGCGAAACCCAGAUAAUCCUCUACUCCAGCCUCGAAGCGGAGCACACGUCAAUCCAGCCCAUCGGUGCACUAUCAACUCCACCAGCUGAGCGCCCUGACGCCCCCGCCCCAAAUUACGAAGUAGCCACUCUCCACUCCGCCGACCCUGCCUCCCUGCAGCUGGCCCGUGACCAACUAUUGGCCCUGCUCGCUUACAUCAAGGCCACCCUGUUGCCGGGCUACCUGGCCUCGCUGCCGGAGGGCGCGACCGCACCGGUACAAUCGCAAUCUACUGGCAGUAAUGGCGUCGCGCUGAUCCCGGCGCCGGACCCGCGCGCAUUCCUGAUCGGGUCCCUGCAUACGGGCCUGUUCACGCUGCUGCUUGAGUCGGGCGAGUUCCCGCAUCCCGGCGCGGCGGAUGCGGGCGCCCCCGCGCUCCGGAAUGGACUGAGGGUGCAUCGGUACGAUAAUCCGCCGUACAGCAAGUUUUUCUUCCGGCGGGAGGUGUUUACGGUGCAUGGUGGGGAGGGGGUGGAGGCGGGGGUUCAAAUUCCGUUGCCGGCGGGUUAUCGGUUUUGUGAUCGGGGUGGGAGGACGGGGGUGCAGGAGGCGCAUUUGGAUCUUGUGCAGAGUCGGACGAGCAUUCCGCGGUCCAGGGCGCAGUUGAUGAGUAUUCCUGGGGUGGCGGUUUAUUGGGAUGGGGAUGGGAAUGGGGAUGGAGAGGAUGGGGAGGAAAUGCCGAUUGCGUGGGCUUUCUUGGGCGUUGAUGGGCCGUUGGCGACGUUGCAUGUUGAGCCGGAGCAUCGGGGGAGGGGCCUGGCGCUUUGCUUGUCUAAGGAGACGAUGCGGAGGGGGAUGGAUCCGCAGGGCGUGUUUGGGGCUGAUAGGCUUGGGUUUGGGGGGGAGUUGGGGGAGAGUACGACGGCUUGGGUGCAUGCUGAGGUUGCGCAGGCUAAUAAGGCUAGUCGGAGGGUUAUGGAGAAGGUUGGUGGGGAGGUUAUGAAUACUGUUAUGUGGGUGGUUAUUGAGGUUUGUGAUUGA